AUGGUGGCCGCCGGCAUGAUCAAGGACGCCACGGCACCUCUCAACUCGACUGGUCCAAGUGUGUGCCGCGGUUGCCAGCAAGGAAAGAUGGUCCAAAAACCAUUCCCAACAAACCGUGACAAACGCCAAUAUGGUGUGUUCGAGUUGCUGCACUUCGACAUCUGCGGGCCAAUGGAACAAGUCUCGAUCGGCGGCAGCAGAUACUUACUGCUUGUGGUUGACGAAGCCAGCGGUUGCAUGAAGGGCUUCUGUCUGCGGUCCAAGUCUGAGAGUGAAGACUGUAUCAAGAACCACAUUAUCAAGAUUCAAACUCAAUUCGGCACAAAGAUCAAGUUUGUUCGGCACGAUGGAGCGUAUGAGUUUGCGACCAACUCGAUCAAGACCUUCUACGAAGAUCAUGGUAUUGAGCAGCAGGUCACGGUGCCGUAUGCACGCCAGACCAACGGCACCGCAGAACGCGCGAUAAGGACCAUCGUCACGAUCGGACGCAGCUUGUUGCAUCAUGCAAAGCUGGAGAAGUGUUUCUGGGCUGAAGCGGCAAUGACGGCGAUCUACAUCAAGAACCGCCUGCCUUCACCCAAGAUCGACCACAAGACUCCGUUCGAGAUCGUGUACAAGUCGAAACCAAGUGUCAAGCACAUGCGCGUGUUUGGAUGUCGGGCGUUUAUCCUGACACCAAGGGAGAAGCGAUUGAAGUGGGACCCGAAGGCUCGUGAAGGGAUGUUCAUGGGCUACGAAGAAGCGUCAAAAGCUUAUCGAGUGUACGACAUUGAGGCGGGCCAAGUGGUGAUCAGUCGUGACAUCACCUUCGACGAAUCGACUUUUGACUUUUCGAUGGACCGACCAAGUGACGAUGAUGAAGAUGCGGAGUUGGACCUCGACCUCCUGGCGAUCAACGAGGACGACGUGCGUCAAACCGUCUACAAGCAGACUGGUAAGCGCAAGAGUGAAGCAAGCACCGGCAUGUCACGGUCAUCUUGCCAUCGAACUGGGUUGGAACAAGCAAGUGCGAUGGAACACGUAUCUAACGUCACUGGAAGCGACGAUCAAGUGCUCCCGAAACGAAGUCUGAUGACGAAGAAGAUGCGGACGUCUACAAUCAACAUGAACACUCGACGCCUCAAACAUUUUGGCGUGCAGGUGCAAAUGCAGUGA